AUGGAAGCACCGCAAUCUCCCUUCCUCAUGGCUUCUUUGGGCACGCUGCGAUUCCCUGCGCAUAUGCACCCUCUAGAGCUCACCAUCGGCGGUGCGCCCGAGUGCGACCUUGUACUCUCCGGACCAUUCUCCAAGUUUAUCAGCAGGAAGCACUGCGUGCUGAGAUGGGACGGGAGUCGCUUGACGAUUAUGGACCUGCAAACCGUGAACGGGACAUGGGUCAAUCUGAUACGUCUACAUGAUGGAGAGACUCGCGUUCUGAAGGACAAGGACGUAGUCCAUCUGACCUUUGCUGCGUUCGGCUUGCACUCGCGAAACGCGUGCGAGUCAAUACUUGCCCUUACAUAUCGCGAGCAUACGUUCUCUGACAUCUCUGCAACAUUGUCUUCCGGGAGUUGCGUGGUCAGGAAGGCUAUGGAUGAGUUGUCUCGUAUACGUGAAACCGUCAAGAACACCCGACAUCCUAGGUCCAACAACGAUGAAGAAGCGAACACAACUUCCGCUGGAGAGAGUGUGCGUACAUAUCGAGGCGUCCUCGACAGACUCGGUCGAGUCCGAACGCCCGUCCUGCCGCCUCCACAACCUCUGGAUCUCGAUCGGGAAGAUAUGCGGAUGCAGAUGCGGAACGGUGGCUGGGGUCGAAAGUCAACUUCGGAAAAGGUGGUAUUGCGGCGCGACGAUCCCAAUAUAAUCUGGGGUACAAGUUGCGUCAGUAUGUACGCCGGCCAUGGACUUCCCGACGAAAUCAAGAAAUGGUCUAACUAUCACCAUCUACCCGUUGGACUUCAUGACGACUGGCCUUUGGUAUCGCCAACACCUUACGGCUGUCGAUCCUCUUUGCCGUGGCCCAAACGUCGAGAACGUUACGUGGGAUAUCUCGCAGAGACGGGUCGUCCUGAUUUCGCGCCUGAUCACUCGGGAAGUGUGCUCUGGGCGAGCAGAUACGCCCCUUUAGCCGCUGAGUCAAACCAGGAUCCCACACCUCGUGCUACAUCAUCAACAAUAGUCGAUCAGCAGUCCACCACGGCACGUCCUAACCAGACAAACACCGAAUCGCCCUCCCGUGGCAUCAAACGCCGGUUCGAAAGCGAUGACCGCGAUGUUGACGGACGCCACAUCAAGUGCGCGCGGGGCGAUCCUCCGCCUCUCGACUGGCAUCUGAUGCCCCUCGCGUGGAGGCUCAGUCCGUCUCGUCUUCCGCCUGUGUGGAGGUCGCGGGCUUCCCGGUCCAUAUUGCCCGACAGACCAAGAGGUCACCUUUUCCUUCCGCCGCCCAAACGAGAAAGCGCACUCUCGUGGACUGUGGCCACCCCACCGUCCACGCAACGCGAGUACCAGCACCGGGAAGCUGGCAUUGAGGCGCCCGGUCCGUCCCACAGCUUGCCUUCACGGACUUCGUCGGCUUCACCAUCAGUAUCGCGCCUCGAUUCAGGUGUUCAACCUUUCCCUCUAUCACCUGCGCUGCAACGCCCAUCCUCAUGGAGGGUGGGUCCCCGGAAACGCUACCAGAAUCAGGAGGUUGAUGCUGAGGACGCUGGGCGGCACGGCGCGUUGGAAGAGGUUGACAAUCCAAUGGAGUGGGAGCGCACUGCCAUGGAUUUGCCUCAACAGCCGACCGUUCGCGCAUCGAGACGACACUUCGAAAGACCUCGUUUGGAUUCCCCACCUCGCACUCAGGCUAGAAGAACACUACACCGAAUGUAUCGUCAACGCCGGACUAAUACUGAUGAGGGAGAAGACGACGAAGAUUCAGAGCCCGCAGUGCAAGAUGAGAGGAUGGGCGAGAUAGUCAGUGAGGAGAGGAACGAGGGGGGGACGGUGCUGGGUAGGGUCUUUCGAUGGUUUGGGACGUUUGCGUGGGAAUGGGAGGGAUGA